AUGGUUCUCUCUUCAGACGAGUACAAUGGUAAACUCUACAUCAACGGGGCCUUCGUCCCAUCCAAAGGCUCAGACCGCCUGACCCUCACGAAUCCUUGGGAUGAAAGCAUUGUGGCAGAAGAUAUCCAUGUGGCCAACAGUGCAGACAUUGACGCCGCCGUCGCGGCCUCCGUCACAGCGGCGAAGAAGGGCCCGUGGAAGAGCUUCACGGGUGCCCAACGUGCAGCGUGUAUGCUGAAAUUCGCCGACUUGGUGGAGCAAAACUUGGAUAAACUCGCUCGUCUAGAGUCUCUGCCUACGGGUCGCCCGUUCUCCAUGAUUAAGCACUUUGACCUCCCUCACAUGGUUUCCGUGUACCGCUACUAUGCAGGCUGGGCAGACAAAAUCCCCGGCAAAACGUUCGCCGAGGACAACGGCGUGUACAAGAUCGUCCGCUACGAACCUGUGGGCGUGUGCGCCGGAAUUGCGUCCUGGAAUGCCACCUUUCUCUACGUCGGCUGGAAGAUAGCACCAGCCCUGGCAGCAGGUUGCUCGUUCAUUUUCAAGGCAUCAGAAAAAUCACCGUUGGGAGUCCUUGGCCUUGCUCCUCUCUACAAAGAGGCAGGCUUUCCCGAUGGAGUUGUUCAAUUUGUGACUGGGGAACGAAAUACUGGCGCGCUGCUAGCCUCGCAUAUGGACAUCUCAAAGAUCAGCUUCACCGGCUCGAUUGGAGGUGGCAAGGCGGUACAACAAGCCGCGUUGAAGUCGAACAUGAAGCGGGUAACCCUCGAACUAGGGGGCAAAUCGCCAGCUAUUGUGUUCAGUGACGCACCGCUUGAAGCUGCGGUCGGAGGCGUGGGACAGGGCUUCCUCGUCAACUCCGGACAGAUCUGUGUGGCGGCAUCCCGGGUUCUCGUCCAGGAAGACUUCGCGCCCAAAUUCGAGGCGGCGCUCAAGCAGCAAUUUGAGGCCGUUUCGGCCGGCAUGGGCGCCAAUCCGCUGGAGCCAACGACGACACAUGGUCCGGUAGUCGACAAGGUUCAAUAUGAUCGUGUGAUGGGUUAUAUUGAUAUCGGCAAGGGCGAUGCUCAGCUACUCACCGGCGGGUCCCGAAAGGGAGACAAGGGGUGCCUGAUUGAGCCGACCAUCUUUGUGAAUCCUAAGCCGGGGAGUCGGAUUUGGGACGAGGAGAUCUUUGGACCGGUCAUGAGCAUCAAGACGUUCAAGACGGAAGAGGAAGCAAUUGCGUUGGCGAAUGAGUCGUCGUACGGGUUGGCUUCGUCAAUCUACACAGCCUCCCUCACCCGCGGCCUGCGCGUCGCAUCUGCGCUCGAAACCGGCGGCGUCUCCAUCAACAGCCCCUUUUUACCCGAGAUCCAGUCCCCCUUUGGAGGGGUUAAGCAAUCCGGCAGCGGCCGCGAGCUGGGUGAAGAAGGGCUCAAGGCGUACCUGGAGCCCAAGCAGAUCAACAUCAAGUAA